AUGACUACAGCAGGAUCAAAUGGAGCUCUCGCUGGCAAGAAACCGGCACCAACAGCAUCGGCCGAAGGCGCAGCAGCCAGUGGAUUACGUAAUCGACGCCCAGUGGCCGCAGCGCGAGCGGGCCAGAACACGGGACGGGGCAUGGGCGGCAGCACGGCCGGGAUCUUGCGCUUCUACACGGACGACUCGCCGGGUCUGAAGAUCGGUCCGACGACAGUGUUAGUGAGCUGUCUCAUGUUCGUGGGGUUUGUCGUGCUGCUGCACGUGUGGGGCAAGUUCCGUGGCUAG